AUGAGUAUUAGCAACGACAACAAAAAUAUUUGGGAAGUCAAAGUAGCCUGGAUACAGAAUCCUGAUGAAGUCAUAUUGUUAGAUGAUGAUGAAGAAGAGCAUGAGUUAUUCAAAGAAAAUGAACUAUUAUCUGUGCUAUAUCAAACAUGUGUAAAUAAAUCAGAAUCAAAUGGAAUGAUGAGAAUUUUUAAAAGAAUGAUAAUCCCUGCAUACAAAGACAUGGAUAAGAGUUAUAGUAAAUCAGAAAAAUUUCAUAAGGUUUUAAACAACACUAUUAAACUAUUAAAAAGUGAUCCAAUACAUAGAUAUUCUCACAUAAAAGGUUUCUAUGAGAUAUUAAAGUUACAUAAAUUUAGGAGAAAAGUCAAUUUUGUAACAUUGGCAACAAAUUUAAAAGGAAAAGAAACAGAAGAGAGCACAAAGAGAAAACCUGACAGUGUUCACGAUAAAAGUAAAAAGGUUAAAACAGAUGUUAUCAAUUUAGAUUGCUAUGAACCACCUGUAGUUAUUGUUGAUGAGCCUGAUGUUUUAAAUGAUGAUAUAGUUUAUAUAAAUGAUGGAAAUAAGACUGAAAAAAGAAGUCAACAAACAAAAUCAAUGUCCAAUUCUACAAAUUUAAUCACAUCUGAAAAUAUUGAAAAUAAUGAUGGUUUUAAUCCAAAUAUAUCAAAAAUUAAUCAAGAAAAUGCUCUUUUAAUACCAAGUAGUGAAGUAUGUUAUAGUUCUGAAGAAGUUGAGAUUCAAAAAUUGGAAAAGUUAAUGGCAAAGUUUAGGAAAAAGAUUGUGGAGUUAGAGAAGAGAGAAGUUUUGAAUGAUAAGGUUACGUCUCCAUAUAUCCUUAGUGAAAAAUAUAAAAUUGCUUUAGUUGAUAUGUAUAAGAGAUGGUGUGAAUUAAUGGGCACAGAGUCUGUUAGAAGUAAGAAAAUAAAACUGAACGUACAAGAAGGGCACCCGCCGGGACCAGUCAGAAGACUUGAAGCAUUUUUAAACAAUAACAUUGGCAGUGAUGGCUGUCCUUUGUUCCCAGAUUUCAAUGAUGUUGUUGAAUGUGUACUUACUUCAAAUAGAGAGGAUGGACUUUCAUGGAAUAAAGCAAGGGUUAUGAGUGAAGCCACAGCAUUGUUUACUCAGUGCGGUCGAGCGCUUCAAAAGCGGCGGCAAAAGCAAGAAUGGUACCACCUUAUGUCAUUAGUGGAUCAAGAACAAUGUCUCAAAGAUCCUGCGGACAAUGACCCGGAGCUUGAAGCGCGGCUACAAGAAAAUAAACGACAGGCGAAUAUAAAGGAAUCCAAGAUUUUAGAGACUUUUUCCUUGAUGCAAGAAUUUCCAUCGAAAGAGAAAAAUAAUGGAGAAUCAAGUAAAUCAUUAACACAAGAUAGUGAAAAUUCAAUUUGUUUGGAUGCUGAAAAUGCCGCAGAUAUAUCAAAGAAUAUUGUUAAAGUUGAAGUGAAACAAGAGUCUUUAGAUGUUAUUAAACAACUUGAAGAACUGGGUGAUAAUUACACGGCUGUAGUUCAAGAUAUAGAAGAUCCUUUCCUUGUUGUGGAGAUCUCGGAUAGUUCAGAUGAAGAAUAAAGCUGUCCACUUCGCACCAACUCGUCUCACUAGCAGGUCACCUCCGAGUCAGUGCCUUAUUUUAUUUUUAACCGACUUCAUAAAGGAGGUUCUCAAUUAGUCUGUAUUU